AUGAUUAUUGGGUCGGUAGAGAUAGAUGAUGGCGUUGAGUUCUACGAGUUUCUAGAGGUGGAGCGAGGGGCCAGUUUAGAACAGAUCAAAAGACAGUACCGUCGGAAAGCGCUCCAGUACCAUCCGGAUAAGAAUCCGAGUGAAGAAGCCAAAAGGAAGUUCAACCAGCUUUCGAUAAUAUACGAGAUUCUCAGUAAUGAAGAGCUACGGAAACGGUACGACGAAUGGAGGUUUCAGGAAGAGGCGCCGAUAACAAGCGGCGACGGUAAACGAAACCAAUUUCAAGAAGAAUUGAAGAAACGGGAGCGAGUCCACCGGGAUUCGACAAGAGUGUACGACGAAGUCAAUAAAGAAUACGUUAACAAGAACGUAUUCAACAAUAAGGUUGAAUUGUUGAGAGAAGAAGGAAUCAGAUUGCGCCGAUUGGAAGAAGGAACCAAAGCAAGGAAGAACCAUCUUAGCUAUAAGGAGAUGAGGAUUCCGCGAUACCAUUACGUGAAGAGCGGACCCCUUAGCCAUGGGGCCCGAGUCACCUGGAAACAUAAACCCGAGUUGAAAGGACAGUUUAAUGAAGAAGUACUUGGAGAAAUCAUGGGCCAAUUUGGCAAGGUGACAAGUGCGCAGAUUAUUGAUGAUAGCGGGCAAAAUCGCUACGAUUCAGGAGUGGUUGAAUUCGAAGAGUUCAAUAGCUAUCAAACAGCGAUAAACCACGAUUAUCAAAGCGCCAAACUCUGGGACGGAACCCCAGUUCGAAAACUCGCCAGUUUACUUCGAGGCUGUAGACCAACGCGGAUAGCAUUCAACGAACCAUCGUCGGGGAUCCUAGGAGAGUAUUUAGAUUCGAUGGUUGCAAAACAACUUAAUAAUCUCUAA